UAUUUAUGUAUAGACAUUUAUAUCGAAAUCCAACCAUCUUAUCUAAAAUCCUAAUUAAAGAGUACACCAACCUCAAAAGCGAAGAGCUAGCCUUCCGAUAUGCUGCACUAGCCAAAUUGCGCACUCAAGAAUUAGAUUUCGAGGCUCUCCAUCAAUUGGAUCCCAUCGAACAUUGGGAUAUUAGUAAAAUGUCUUUAUUACCACAAAUCUUUACCCUACUCGCCAAUCUGCACAGAUCCACCCGUUCUGAUUGCUUGAUUCAGUAUCCACAAAUAGAAGCAGUCAAUCGCAUUACAGCACUCUUAGAUCCAAAUAUGUUCCCUGUUUAAGAUCUGUCUUUGAAGUUGCACUCUUCUGACAGUGUGACCAUUUGGGAUAAGCCAAAGACUCAAAGAGUGACUCAAAAUUUGGGAUUCAAACUCAAUCUAAGAGAGAGUACUAUUGAUCAUUCCGAUGCAGGGGAAGGCGUAUUCUUGGAGACAUUACCUGCAAAUAAAAGGCUGUUACUUAUUUUAUUUUAAGUGUUCCUGCAGGCACCCUAUUAGGAUUCGUACCAGGCGUGAUCUAUGACAACUAUUAAUCAUAUUGUGAGAAGACUCCCCCAGACAUGCAUUUCUUCAGAUUUGAUGGACCAAUCUUCGAUUUUACAUCCAGAAUUUACUAUCCUUACGUGCCAGGCUAUGGUUUUGAUGAAUACGAUUAAAAAAUAUCAGAUAUAAAAGAAUUAGCUGCUCGAUCUAACAGGCCUUAUAGAAAUAAAUCAAAGGGGGGUUAUGAAUUAGUAAACGGAGAGGACAUAAACCCUUAUGCUCUAGGUCAUAAGAUCAACCAUACUCCAAGGAAUAAAUCAACUAAUGUAAGUUUGAUCGAUAUAUUUGUUCCUAAAACCUUCUUUCCUGAAGAGUUAAUGAAAUUUUGGCCGACUCAAUAUUUUUCAACCACCCAAGAUUUUUUAUAAACAAAGUCUUCUCUUGAUCAACAUUACAAAAAUCACAUUAGAGGCCUAGGAUUCAUAAGCGUCACUGAGAUUAGAGACGGCGAAGAAUUAUUUUUAGAUUAUUUAGAGUCUUGUCUUUUCAACAUGGAAAUUGAGUCGCCUGAUUGGUUAAUUAAACCACCUCCUUUGCAUCCUCAAAUUUGCAAAUGUAAUAUGAGAUAGGAGAGUUUACUGAUGAUGUUAUUGGAGGAUUAUGCUUUUUCAAAAACAAAGGAUGGAUAAAACUUUGACAGAUUCUACAAGAGUGUUUUAAGAGAAAACCACUAAUAUUUAUGA